CGUGCCAUGUCACUUAAAUGCCAGGGUGCUGCAGGUCCAUCAGGCUUAGAUGCGGCUGCAUGGAGGCGUUUGUGCACUGGAUUCAAAGUCUUGUCUAGAAAUCUCUGUGACUCAAUAGCUUCAACAACUCGCAGGAUUGCAACGCAGUUUAUCGACCCGAGUGGGAUUUCGGCUCUGGUUGCUUGCCGGCUAAUACCCCUGGACAAGAGACCUGGUGUCAGACCAAUUGGAGUUUGUGAAACACUUCGUAGAAUAAUUAGCAAGGCUGUCCUGAGUGUGGUAAAGUCAGAUAUUUUGAACGUAGCCGGACCCCUACAACUCUGUGCUGGUCAGAACGUCGGAUGCGAGGCUGCCAUACACGCUAUUCGAGGUAUUUAUGAUGAAGAUGAAACAGAGGCCGUGCUAUUUGUAGACGCAACCAAUGCUUUCAAUACUUUGAACCGUCAAGUUGCUCUGGCUAACAUAUCUGUCAACUGCCCAGCCAUCUUUCCAAUCUUGGCCAACACGUAUCGACAACCUUCUUCAUUGUUUGUAGGUGGAGAAACGUUGCUUUCUAGUGAAGGAACAACUCAAGGAGAUCCCUUAGCGAUGCCAAUGUAUGCUCUGGCCACAAUUCCACUUCUAAAGAGUGUGCAGACGAAUGGUACAAAGCAGGUAUGGUAUGCAGAUGAUGCAGCUGCUGGAGGCUCGCUAGACUGUCUACAUAAAUGGUGGAACAGGUUGGUUGACUUAGGUGCUAUGUUUGGGUAUCUUCCAAAUCCCAAAAAGUCAUGGUUGCUAGUGAAAUCAGGAAAUAUUGACAAAGCUACACAUCUCUUUGAAAAUACCAAUAUCAACAUUACUACAGAAGGACAAAAGUACCUUGGAGCUGCUAUUGGAAACAAAGAUUUCUGCAAUAACUUCCUGCAAGAAAAGGUGACCAAUUGGAAGUUACAAGUAGAGCGACUCAGUUGCAUUGCCCAAACUCAACCACAAGCUGCUCACUCGAUAUUCACACGGGGUCUGAUUGGACGCUGGAAAUUUGCACUCAGAACCAAUGAAAACUUUGCAGCGUACCUUAAUCCUCUGGAGGAGGCGUUACGAUCCAAACUGAUUCCCGCCAUAACCAAUAGAAGUACUCCAGGAGACAAGAUGAGAAGGCUUUUUGCAUUACCACCUCGACUAGGCGGCCUUGGAAUUGUAGAUCCACGUUCGUUGACUUGUGAGCUGGAAUACUCAAAGUUAAUUUGUGCGCCACUGGUCAACCGAAUUGUGCAACAAGAAACAAACCUGGAUAACGUUCCUACCAAGCAGAAUUCUAUGAAAGCUAGCAUUCGCCAGCAAAAACAUCUAGCACAAAAGUCUCAUUCUGAAAUCACUGUCAAUGAUCUAUCUGUGGAAUUGAAACGUUCAGUUGAAUUGGCCUGUGAGAAGGGUGCCUCCUGCUGGCUGACCGCAAUCCCACUAGAGCAACACGGAUUCACUUUGCACAAAUCUGCGUUUCGGGAUGCCCUGUGCCUCAGAUACGGUUGGCACCCGUCCAACCUCCCAGACAUAUGUCCAUGUGGAUCUAAAUUCUCAGUAGAUCACUCUCUGUCAUGUCCAACAGGAGGAUACCCCAGCAUCCGCCAUAACGAGGUCCGCGAUUUAUUUACCAACUUGUUGACAGAGGUUUGCCACGAUGUACACAAAGAGCCCGUUCUGCAACCUCUCAACGGCGAGGUGUUUCAAAAACGCUGUACUACCUCUGACGAAAAUGCCAGACUUGAUAUUGCUGUCAGUGGAUUUUGGGGUGGGCACUUCCAACGAACUUUCUUUGACGUCAGGGUCUUCAACCCUAAUGCCUCAUCCUACAAAUCAGUGCAGAUCCCGUCAUUAUAUAAACGGCAGGAACAAGAGAAGAAAAGGCGAUACGAGGAACGAAUUAAUAACGUGGAGCUUUCAUCGUUCACGCCAAUCAUUUUAGCAUGCACUGGAGGAUGCAGUAAACUGACGUCUAUUUUUUUGAAAAGACUAGCCUCACUUUUAUCGGAAAAGCACCACACCGAGUACAGCACAACUAUCAACUGGCUGAGAUGUCGACUGUCAUUUGCACUCCUUCGGGCCUGCGUGAUGUGUUUGCGAGGAUGCAGGUCCAAGCUUCACAGAACCUCAAGGGACUUCAACAUUCUGCUGGAAGCAGCAGAAAGUAGAUUAUAGAAGACUGUUUAUCUCAAAGUUGUUACAACCUAGAAACUUGUUGCUAUAGAGGAAGCUUUUACAUACAGUAGUAGUAUUUUGAAAAAAGUA